AUGUCCCCAGUACCUAAUGAUCUUUGUUCAUCUUUAUCAUUCACCCUGACUGAACAUGUAAAUCUUCCAGAACAAACAGAAUCUGAUCCUACUCAAACAGUUGACAAUACUUACAUACAAAACUCCACCUUACAAAGUACGACAUUCAUGCCAGAAUCAAUUGACGAGGAUUUACCUGUGAUGUCUAAAUUUGAACAGCCUACCAAACCAAUAACCACCCAAAUCAAAUCGUACUCCUCAGAGUUGGAGGAAGACAUGUCAAAUGAAGAAAUCUCAAACUUUGAGAAUGAUAAAACCAAGGAUGUUGAUAUAGAAACUCUAGAUCUAUUGAGUGUUUUCGAAAAGCCUCAUAAGGAUAGAAAGAUCUCAAGGAAAGUCCGAGAUUUUGUGGAGGUUGGAAGAUACUCUGUUGGGUAUGAAAAUGAUUUCACUCAUGAUUUCAGCCUUGUUAAUGGUGAAAAAUACUCAUAUAUUACUACUACACACUUUGGGGAGCUAGCUGCUCAAAGAGGUCACAAAUGUGUUCAAUGGCAAGGAAAAUGGACUAGAAAAUCUGCAAUUUUCACUCGGGUGGAUGGAGAUACAAUUUCUGGAGAUCCAAUCACCCUUCCAUUAAAUUGUUUUGAUGACAAUCCUGAGGAUCACAAAGAUGAUUAUGACAUACAAAUCUGA